AUGGAAAAUGAGCCAAGCACUUCUUCAGAGACAGAUAAAAGUUUAACAGCAGAAAAAGAAUGUUGUAAAAGAAAGCAAAAAGGUGGUGGUGGAACAACCUGCUGUAUUCCAACCUGUAAUAGCAAUGCUAAACGAAAUCCAGAGCUAUCAUUUUAUAAAAUUCCUUCAGAUAAAAACGUGAGAAAGCAAUGGUUACAUUGGAUUGGUAGAGCAAAUUUUGUACCAAGUAGUUAUCACCGUGUUUGUUCAGAACAUUUUGUGGGUGGCAAGAAAACUUGUCUUAAUAAUCUUCCAAAACGUGUGGAAAAACUGUUGAAGCUUACACCAACCAAACCCAGGACAACAUCCAAAUGCAGAGAAAGAGAUUACCCUAGUGAGGAUAUUCCCCAAAAUGACCAACCAAACGAGCUUACACUUUUAAGAGAUGAAACUUUAGAACUUGAACAUAUUGUUCAAACACUUGAGACCAAGAACAAAGACCAAGGAGAGGAUAUUUCUGUUUUAAAGGAGAAGGUUCAGCAAUGUAGUUUUUCAAUUGAUCGUUUUGAAGAUAAUAGCACUGAUUUUGAGUUCUAUACUGGAUUCCCUAACUACAAUACAUUCAAAGCUUUUUACAACUACCUUAGUCUAGCAUGUGAAAGGCUUCAAUAUAUUGGGUCAUGUAACAGCACAAAUAAAGGAGCAAUGGAUGAUAAAUGUGGGCCAAAGAGAAUGCUUUCCCCAGAAGAGGAACUAUUUAUGUGCUUGACACGACUAAGACUAGGCUUGUUGGAGAGAGAUUUGGCCAAUAGGUUUAAUCUUUCAGUAUCCCAAGUAUCCCGAAUCUGGGUGACAUGGCUAGAUUUUUUGUAUAGAUGGGUGAGGACCAUUCCUAUCUGGCCAUCACAGAAGUAUGUCAAAGAAAACAUGCCCCAACGUUUUAAAGAAAGUUACCCAAACACAAGGGUUAUUAUUGACUGUACAGAGGUUUUUCUAGAAAUGCCCUCACAACCAAGAAGCCAAAGUGCUACAUUUUCGACGUACAAAAACCACAACACCGGUAAAGGUUUGCUUGGGAUUUCUCCACAGGGUGACUUGACCUUUGUAUCUGAACUUUAUGCAGGCAAUACAUCAGACAAGCAAUUGACAAUUGACUUUGGGAUCUUAAAGCUACUGGAGAAAGGGGAUUAA